AUGCAGACUCGGUUCCCACGCCAAAACAAGCGUUCUCUUAUGCAUGAAAUGCUCAAGAGCAGGCCCGGCGAUUGGUUCCGAGGCUCAGAUAUGAGCUUACGAGACCAAGAGCUGCUUCGGAGCCCCAACAAUAUGUUUUCCUAUGACAAAGGCUGUUUCGUACGCCAGAUUGUCUACAAGCAGGCAGCCUUGCCAUUUACCACGCUCGAGUGGGUUGUUGAACACGAUCAUCUCUGCAAGAAACGAAUCCACGAAGCUGGAGGUGCCCUUGUCGGUUUUCCGGAAACCGCCAUGCCAUCCUCAGUAUCUCCUCCAUACCAGUCCAUGAUCGUCAAUGUGAAUGUCAAGGGCGCUCCUGGUGGUCUCUUUGACUGGGGAUAUCUGAGUACCUCGUCACAGAAUGUGCGAAUCUUCAGAGGCCCCGAGUCCACCUGCUCGGCUCACCCGUGGGAUGCAAUGAUACUCAAGGACUGCUAUGCCAACACAAGCAAUCUUCGGGAUAUUGAGGCUAUUUGCGACCGCCGCUGGGAUAUAUUGGCUAUGAAAAUGUGCGAGGAUGUCGAGGUUUGCCCGCGAGACCUCCACAAGAUAUGCCGCUUCAAUCUUACCAAAAGCCAUGUCGAUAAUCGGGAUACAUUCGCUACUACUGGACCGGUUGGAGCUCAGCAUCGAUGCAUGGGUAGCCCCAGUGAGGUCGGCACAAUGUGCAUCGAAUCUAAUCUGAGAGGAUCUUAG